UUCCCUUCCAAACGCUCUCCUUGAGGCCUCAGCCACAAGUGUAUAUAUAUUGCCAUCAUAGCGCCCUGCCUGCCUGCCUUUAAUUUCCCACACGAUCGAGCAAGCUAGGCAACAGCAUGUCAUUGACCACCGAGAAGUUUGGGCCGCCACCCGGCUCCCCUGGCUAUUACUGGGUUUAUUACCCCAUUACUAAGUCUCAAGAGUUAGUUACCGCUCUGGCGGCAUCGAAAACCCAUCCGGUGGUGCUCAUGUUCUGGGAGAAACGGAACGAACUAUGCAACGUCAUGAAGGAACCCUUCUGGAAUAUGGCCAUGGCUAAAAAGAAGGACGCCGUAUUCUGCCGGGUGGACGUCGACAAGUGUAAAGAUAUCACGGAGCUGUACCGAGUGGAGGCGCUGCCCACCUUCUUGCUCAUCAAGGAUCGCAAUGAGAAGGGCAGGGUCGUUGGCGCCAAGAUGGAGGAGCUUAACACCACCAUCAAGGCCAAAAUAUAUACCAAUAUACCAAUAUAGUCCAAUGUGAUAGUUAGAUAUAUACCCGUGCGUGGAAAACAAUAUAUUAUAUAUAUGCAGAAAGAGAACAUAAACGCAAAAAAAGAUAAUUUCUCCCUGUUUACUUGACUCUGUGUAGCUAGUUUCUCUCUACUUCGCAAUCACAUAUAUGUUGUUGUAUUCUACGGGCAUAAUGACAUCAUGUGUAUUUCUUUGGAUCUA